AUGAAGCGCAAACUGGAUGCAAACGACGUGCCGUCCCCUGAGCCUAAGGGGGCGGAAGAACAGGAUCCUGAUUUCGAGACUCUGAAUCUCGAUCCGAGAUUGCGCCAAGCCCUGAUCAAAGAAAAGUUCACCAAGCCUACGCUCGUUCAGGCGAAAGCGAUUCCUUUGGCACUUGAAGGAAAAGAUAUUUUAGCUCGAGCAAAAACUGGCUCUGGAAAGACUGCUGCUUAUGUCCUUCCUGUCCUGCAAGCCAUCCUUCAACAAAAAUCUGCCGACCCGUCGCUUAAAGCCACUACUGGCCUUAUCCUUGUUCCAACUCGCGAGCUUGCGGAGCAGGUUCAAAAAGUCGUCACCUCUUUCACUUCCUUCUGCGGAAAGGAUGUUCGGUCUGUCAAUUUGACACAGAAAGUUUCCGACGCCGUGCAACGAUCCAUGCUCGCCGACUUCCCAGAUUUGAUUAUAUCCACGCCUACUCGAGUCCUUGCCAAUGUGAACAACUCUGCGCUGUCCCUUGAGAAGCUUACCCAUCUCGUGAUUGAUGAAGCCGACCUGGUCUUGUCUUAUGGCUACGAUGAAGACAUAAACUCUCUAUCUAAGGCUAUCCCUCGGGGUGUGCAGACAUUCUUGAUGAGCGCUACACUCACUUCUGAGGUGGAUACCUUGAAGAGCCUCUUCUGUCGGAAUCCGGUCAUCCUGAAGCUGGAGGACAAGGAAGAAAAGGGUGCCGGUGUCAGUCAGUUCGUUGUCAACUGCGCGGAAGAUGAGAAGUUCCUCCUCACAUAUGUCAUUUUCAAAUUACAACUGGUCAAGGGAAAGGUCAUCAUUUUCGUUGGCGAUGUCGACCGUUGCUACCGUGUCAAACUCUUUCUGGAACAAUUCGGCAUCAAGAGCUGUGUCCUCAACUCAGAAUUGCCCAUCAACUCUCGACUACAUGUUGUCGAGGAAUUCAACAAGGGCGUUUACGAUAUCAUCAUCGCGGCGGAUGACCAAGAGGUUAUGGGUACUCCUAAGCCAUCGAAGAAGUCUCGUGACGCAGCCGACGAUGAAGCUGAGGACAAGGAGGAAGUUGGUACCAGUGAGGAUGAGGAGGAUCCCGAAGAGUCGGGUAGCAAGCAAAAGUCCAAACGACGCAAGAUGACUGCCAAAGAAAAGGAUUACGGUAUCUCCCGUGGUAUCGACUUCCAAAACGUUGCUUGCGUUCUCAACUUUGAUCUCCCAACUACUUCUAAAUCCUAUACUCACCGCAUCGGGCGAACUGGCCGUGCCGGCAAAGCCGGCAUGGCUUUAUCGUUUGUUGUUCCUGCCGAUCAGUACGGAAAGCACAAGCCUACAUCCAUCACUAGCGCCAAGCGUGACGAAGCCGUUCUCGCCAAACUUGUCAAGCGACAGGCCAAGCUUGGCCAUGAGAUCAGGCCUUACCAUUUCGAGAUGCAGCAAGUCGACGCUUUCCGCUACCGUAUGACCGAUGCUUUGCGCGCCGUCACCCGUCUGGCCGUUCAGGAAGCCCGUGCUCGUGAGAUUCGACAGGAGCUCAUCAAAAGUGAGAAGCUGAAGCGACACUUUGAGGAGAACCCAGACGAACUGCGUCAGCUCCGUCAUGAUGGCGAGUUGCGUGCUGCUCGUGUUCAACCUCAUUUGAAGCAUGUGCCGGAGUAUCUGAUGCCCGUUAAGGGACGCAAAGGUAUUUCCAAGGAGGACGUAGGAUAUGUUGGAUUCUCGAAAACCAAUGAGAAUCGCAUUCGCAAAGCCCGGGACCGUAACCGUGCUCGUGGAAAGGGAAAGAGACCUACUGGGGGUAAAGUUGAUCCGCUGAAGACAUUUAAUCGGGGCCGGAAGUAG